GCCCAUUUGACUUCAGUGGUGAAGUCACUGCAAUUGACCAAUAGAAUUAAAGCCCUAAUCAACCCUAAUUAAUUCUAAGUUAAUUUAAGCCACAUCAGCUCUAUGGUAAAAAUAACUUUACUGUGGGACCCAUUUUUAAAAAAAACUUUUGAUUAUUGCAUAUAAGUCCCCAUUCAUUUAAUAAUAUCUUACAAAUUAAAAUUAACUUUUAUUUUAUUAGAUGAGAAUUUAUUUUAAACACAAAUUAUAUUUUUUUCUUCAAAUUCGUUCUUCUUGUUCUUUCUCCCAACUUCCCAAUCGAAGAAAUCAAUUCGAAACCCUAAAUCCCUAAAUUCCUCCGCUGCGAUGUCGCUCUCCUACUCCAACUUCUUCCUCGACGAUGAUCUCCUAUACAACGAGGAAACCUCCAGCAUCUUAUCCAGAGAUUUGCCGGCGGAAAGCUUCUCUUAUGUCGAUUUGUCUCCGCCGUCGGAGGAAGAGUUAUGCACAGGUUGUAUUCUACUGUCAUUUUCCAGACUUGUUGCUGGCUCAACAUUCAACUUUCCUCAGGAGGAUGUACAGGAAACCAAACCAAUAGACUACGCAGAAGAAAUCACAACUGGACAAACUUUCUUUCUAUUAACCGCUUUGAAAGAAAGAAGAACAUACAAUUAGCAAUAUCCGCUUUUGCUAUGCUUUACUCGCCCGACUAAGCUCUAAAACAUCGAGAUAUUACUAAUGCUUCUUUGACUGUUGCAGGUGAGCAUGUUUUUCUUUUGGCUUUGUACUUAUGAUCACAUUGAUAGAUAUUAUGGUGCCACUGCAUUAUAAAUUGUCAUGGAAGUGUCCAUCUCGAUGUUUGUGUCGGACUGAAUUUGGUACACCGUUGUCUUCAAGAUAUAAUCUAUUAAUGUUAACAAAAGUUAUAUUUGGUUUGUAGUUAAGUUUCACAAUUAUUCUAUACUCUAUUCCCACCAUUUCAAGAGACUUUGAUGUUUUGCAAAAUCUUCUCUAUCAUGAAAUUUUUGGGAAAAUUAUCUUGUGCCAUUUUUUGGUGCAAUCAUUUCCCAAUCAGAUGCAUUAGCAGGGCUUGUUUACAAAAGGAUCAAAUAUUCUGUGUUGUAAGAUAACAAUAUUUUAUCAUGGGUCUUUUAUGAUUGUCACCAAGGUAAUUAAAGAGUUCAAAAAUCUAUUGUCAUAAAAUUUCCAAGUGGCUUUGAUAAACAGUUGAAGGAGAAUAUGGAGUACCUAGAAGAAGAGUUGAAAGAUUUAGCUGAAAAGGAAGAUCUUGCUCAACAGAUGAUGGUGUUAAGAGCGUGGAGCAACUUGUUGAAGAGAAGCAACGAGCUGAAUUGUCUGCUAGAAUUGCAUCAGGA